AUGAAAACAAAUAAAUCAGGUGAGAAUCCUUUUUUGAAGCCAUUUACAAGGUCGAAGAAGAUCGUUUCAGUCCGUAUUUUAUAGCUUCCCUCCCAUUUUUUAUAUUAUACUACCCAUUUCAGCUUCCGAUCGAUUUCUGGUGUUGCUGGAUGGUGAUAAAGUCAGUGUGGUUGGGCAUUCCGGUGCCAUUGAGCCAGUCGUUGACCUCGCUCGUAUUCAGAACGGUGGAAUUGUUCAAUUGUAAGUGCUUUUUAUAUUAUUCUUGAUGUUUAGGAGGAGUCGAAAUAAAUGCGGAAAUGUCAAGUAUUUAUUCGAGGGAACGCGUGCGGAAUGCGAUAUAUACAAGAAAACGCUAGAGUAUGAAAUUGAAAAGCGAAAAAACUUGGUACGACUAGUUGCGAUUCAACAGUUGGAUCCCAUGUUGAGUGGGUUGGAGAAGAUGCAAAGAGAGCUGUGCAGUAUGUUGACGAUUCUCGUGAAGGUUAAGCAUGAAGUGAGUCGUAGUUUAGGACUUGUUUUGAGCUGAUUUGCCAAGGAAAAAGGUCUUAUUUUGAAAAAAUUUGUCAAAAAUUGACAGGAAAUACCUAAUUUUGAUUUUUGCGAUUUUUUAAUGGUCCACCUUUGCCAUAGCCGAAUUUUUGGUUGAUGUUAAGACUUCAUGGUCCUGUCUUUCCAUGGCAAGCUUUUUGAGAGCAAAUCAAAUUAUUACAUGGUAAAAAAUGACAAAGAUUUUGAGAUUUUUCGGAUUUUCCGCGGAUUUUUGAAGAUCCACCCUUGCUAUGCCCUAAAAAUUUGAGAAAUGAGACUUUAGAGGUGUGACUUAAGACGUGACUAGACAUUACAAUGUAUUUGCGGCUACCCUUCAUUUGGCGAAGAUUUCAUUUGAAGCAGAUCGGGUAUUGGCCCAAUAUGUAUAGACAAUGUUGCAAAAUUCUUUGACCAGCCAGCCAAUGAGUUGAAAUUACAACUAAUUUUUUAAAGGCUAGCCAAAAAACUGGAUUGGCCAAAGUGUCAUAAUGGCUUUGAAAUCUCGAAAUAAGCUAUCCAAAAGGUUGGAAUAUGUGGAAAAAAUAAUAAAUACAUUUCUAAUGGCUUGCCAAAGUGUUAGAAUGCCUUGGAAGACAAUCGUAACGGUACAAAACACUUUCAGAUGUAUUAUUUUGGCAAAAAUAAUACAUUGUUAAUGGCUCGCCAAAAACUGGAUCGGUUAGCCAAAGAAUCGAAAUAGCUGUCGAAAGUGUUUUGUACCGUUACUAUUGUCUUCCAAGGCAUUCUAACACUGUGGCUAGCCAUUAGAAAUGUAUUUAUUAUUUUUGCCACCCUUUCCAACCUUUUGGAUAGCGUAUUUGAGAUUUCAAAGCCAUUCUGACACUUUGGCUGAUCCAGUUUUUUAGCUAGCCAUUAAAAAAAAUACUUGUGAUUUCAACUCAUUGGCUGGCUGGUCAAGGAAUUUUGCAACAUUGCUAUACAUACUGCGCCAAUACCCGAUCUGCCCCAAAUGAAAUCUUCGCCAAAUGAAGGGUAGCCGCAAAUACAUUGUAAAUGUCUAGUCACGUCUCAAAUCACACCUCUAAAGACUCAUUUCUAAAAUUUUUUGGGUAUGGCAAGGGUGGAUCUUCAAAAAUCCGCGGAAAUUCCAGAAAAUCUCAAAAUAUUUGGCAUUUUUUACGAUGUAAUAAUUUGAUUUGCUCUCAAAAAGCUUGCCAUGAAAAGACAGGACCAUGAAGUGUCAACAUCAACCAAAAAUUCGGCUAUGGCAAGGGUGGAUCAUUUAAAAAUCGCAAAAAAUUCAAUAUUAGCUAUUUCAUGCCAAUUUUCGAUGAAUUUUUUACAUACUGGGCCAAUCUCGGUCUGCCCCAAAUGAAAGGUUGCGAUAUUUGCAGCAACGAGCCGAGCUGGAACGCGUCAAAACCGACCCCAGAAAGGAAACCAAAAAGAUCUUCCCCAAGGGCAUAAAAAUCAUUCAAAUCGACUACCCCGACACCACCUGCGAUACGCAACUCGUCCAAAUCGACUCCACCUUCCGCGGAUACCGUCUGGACAUGGCCGUGAACCUGGCGUUCCACCGCCGCGGCAUCGACAUGAAGAAGUGGCAGGUCUUGUUCGUCCUUUCGAAAGACUCGUCUGGACUGUUCUCAAGCAAACUGGAUGAGCCCUUCGACCCGGAGAGCCACUAUUCUGUCCAGCUGAUACCAUCCAACUUGAGGAUUGUAAGGGGUUUGGGGAUUGGGACGAGGUUUUAUAUUGUACAUGACAUUUGAUGGAAAAAAGUGGGAAAAAGUUGUGAUGGAGGUUUGGGAAGGUAGGAAAAUGAAUAGAUAGAAGUUUUAGGGUGUAAUUGAGGGUUUACUGAAUGCAAUUUGGCGCUUUUGUAAAACUUUUUUUUUUUAAAUGUUAUACAUGACAUCAGAUGAAAAAUGAUUUAAAAUUGGUGAUCAAAAAAGUUUUUCAACUCCUAUGAGCUCAAAUAUGGUCGUCUUGACCUCAUAUUUGAGUUCUUGACUUUUUUGCCGGAAGAAAUUUGUAUUUUAUUGGAAAUUAUAUUAUCCAUGACAUCAGAUGUCAAGUAGAAAAUACGGGAAAUUAUACAGUUUUUUAAGCCAGAAAAUUGCAUUUACAUAUGAUUUAGGACGGUUUGAGUUUUGUUUUAGCGGAAACGGGCAAUUUUUUUAGUUAUUUUAUAUUAUCCAUGACAUCAAAUGUCAAGUGUAAUAUAACAUCAAUUUUGGACCAAUUUUUGAGAGAUUCUCAUUUAUAAUUGACUGAAAUGGGAUGUUUGUGGGAUCUACAGGCUUAAAUUAGUUGAAUUUUGUGGAGUAUUCAGUUAUUUAUAUUACACUUGACAUCAGAUGUCAAGUGUAAUAUAACGUCAUUUUUGCACAAAUUUUUGAGAAGGUUUCUUUCGUAAUGGGCAAAAAAUAGGUAGUAGACUAGAGGUUAUUAUUUUUUUACAAAUUUUGAUUUUAGCAAUACAUGAACACUGAACAAGAAGUCACUGAAAAUAAUGGGCAUCUCUGGAAAAUUUUCGACGCCAAAGAUCGCCGAAGCAAAGCCCUCGAAGACAAGAUCUAUGAAAUCUUCCCAGAAGACGUCUCCUAUCGUUUCCUAUAA